CAUGUUUUAUCUGUGGACCACAAAUCAUUCGAAAAGGUUGACCGGCGCGCGACUGCUGAGUUUUCGAGAAAAAAUAAUCAAUUUAAAAGUUCUCGCUUUCUUACGUGCAUUUGCGUUACAGUUUCAAUUAACGAAUUAAAUAAAAAUCUUUCAUCAUGACUGUUGACGAAGGCGUAGAUAUCACUAAAACUGGAGAUCGCGGUGUGUUGAAGAGAAUCAUCAAGGAGGGUACAGGAACAGAUACUCCUAACCCUGGAUGUCAGGUCACUGUCCACUACACAGGAACACUCCUGGAUGGCACCAAGUUCGACUCCAGCAGAGAUAGAAACGAGCCAUUUGAAUUCAACCUAGGCAAAGGUUCAGUCAUUAAAGCAUGGGACAUAGGAGUAGCGACUAUGAAGAAAGGAGAGGUGUGCGUAUUAACCUGCGCACCAAUGUACGCCUAUGGAGCUGCUGGCAGUCCUCCCAAAAUCCCACCAAACUCUACUCUUCAGUUCGAGAUCGAGAUGAUAGACUGGAAGGUGGAGGACCUGUCUCCUGGCAAGAACAAGGGCAUCCUGCGUCACAUCAUCGAGCAGGGAGCUGGCAAUGACGCUCCCAACGACGGCGCCAUGGUUACAGUUGAGCUGGAAGGUAGACUGCAAGCCGAUGGCAAGGUGUUCGAUACAAGAACAGUCACAUUCCCUCUCGGAGAAGGCAGUGAACAUAAAGUAUGCGAGGGUGUCGAAAGAGCUCUAGAGAAAUUCGCGCAAGGAGAGAAGUCCAGGCUCACCAUACAGCCAAAAUAUGCCUUCAAAUCAGAAGGAAACGCUGAAUUAGGUGUCCCACCUAACUCCGUGGUAGAGUACAUAGUGAAAUUGAAUAGUUUUGAGAAAACCAAAGAGGUAUGGUCCAUGGAUGGGCCGGAGAAGAUUGAGCAGGCGAAGAUGUUCAAGGAGAAGGGAACCAACUACUUUAAGGGAAGCAAAUUCCAGCUGGCCAUCAAGAUGUAUAAGCGAGUUGUUACGUUAGUUGAAGACAUGCUAGAAGACACAAGUGAGACAGAAGAAAGCAGAAACCAGGCGAAGGAGCUCCUUCUAUCAGCACACUUGAACCUCUCCUUGGUCUACUUGAAGGUCACACCAGCUCACCACUUUGAGGCUAAGGAGCAUGCUCUAAAGGCCUUGAAGUUGGACGAGAACAAUGUCAAGGGUCUCUUCAGGAAAGGCCAGGCUCUGUUGGGACUUGGUGAAGCUGAAUUAGCUAUUAAGGACUUCGAGAAGGUUGUGCAGGCUGAACCACAGAAUAAGGCUGCCGCUAACCAGAUAAUCGUAUGCAAGACAGCGAUCGCGAAACAGAAGCAAAAGGAGAAGCAGCUCUACGCCAACAUGUUCGAGAAGUUCGCUAAAUACGACACGGAGGUGGAGAAGCAGAGAGCUAAAGAUGAGAUAGACGUAAUAGGUGAGAAGGUAGGAGAGUGGGGCGCCGGCGAGGGAGAGUGGACUGACCAGCAACGGCUGAGGAAACCCACUGAGUUUGAGAAGGAGAACCCCAACAUCCUGCUGUUAGACAAGGACGGACAGUUUGAGAACAUGUGAACUCACUGCUAGCUGAGUUCCAGGUGGAUGCUUACAUAGACUCGCCAUUGUAUGUAGAAAUAAUCAACUAUAAUAAUAUCUAUACAAAAAUACAAGUUUCAUUUCGGAAGUAUGCUGUUGACUUGGUAUUUGAAGUUCAGGUUUAAGGUCGUAGGUACGACCCCACCCAAAUGAAAUCGUGUACAAUCAGUACAAUUAUGCCCCACCUGACCGAAUAAUCGUAUCUAAGUAGUUUGAAUAAAUUGAUGUUAAGUUUCUCGAUCGGUAUUUUAGCGUGGAAUAUUUCUAUGUAAGCAUCCGUCUUUGAAAACGCCUUCUGCCUCAAAAAGUGCAUUAUAAUAUUAGUUGUAUAUUCUGAUCAAACUCUUUGUUUGUCCGGACACUUAUAAAUAGAUCUCUUCACCAACCUUUAGUAAUAGAAUUUCGUUGUAUUACAGACAAAUGAAGAAAUUAUACUAAGUCACUCGUAGACUACUGAUUUUCAGUAUACAAUAAAAACUAAUCGUUAGUUUUUGAAAAAUUCUAUCGUUUACUUCGUAUCGGUGAGUUAAUUCUUUGUCAUUACCUGAAUGGAUUUUGAAAUUUAAUUAACUUUUUUUUGUAUAUUGUUGUACGUUCACAAAUCAUCUGUCAGUAUGAAAGUCCUUGUUCAUAUUGUAUUUUUUUUUACUUAACUAAAUUGUAGUUGCAAUGAAAUCUCUGGUUUUUGUAUAUUAAGUUUGAAUCGAUAUAAAUCAUUCCUCUAUAAUUAUGUAUGUAUGUUAAGUGAGAUAGGCCGUGUUCGUCUACUCGUUUUACGGCCGAAUUUAAUAGCCAAUCGCAAUCCUAAUUCUGUGGAUUAAGGUCCAUUUUUGACAUUUAUUGUGUGGAUUAUAUGUCAUGAAAUACUAUUUUGAAUAAGAAUGGUUAUUAACUUCGACUGUUAGUAUUUACUUGCAUGCAGUGUAACCCACAUAAUGAUGUCAUCAGUGUAAAUAUUGCAUGUAACAUUGUUCAUUUUAACAUAAUAAGUUUCAACCUUAUUUCUUUACUGAUAAAGUUCGUUUUUAAGUUUGAUGUGUGAUGUGUUUCAAAUCGGUUUUCGUACAGGUAAUACUGCAAGCUAUGUCUUUAAUAUCACAGUAAGUGUCAAUUGUAGGCAUAAUGUUUUUAUUUGGGUUGAGAGCGGGUUUAUUUUGUAGUACAUUGGUUAAUUGUAUUAGUUAUACAAAUGAGUUUUACCUAAUAAACUGUUAACAAGCAA